AUGGAAGAAGCAAGGGCAAAACAUAACAGCAGUCCGAAAGGACCCGGUUCCAAAGUACUCGAGGUGGAUACUGCGGAUAACAUCAAUGGACUAGUUGGUGCUUCCCGUAAUGAAGCAGCCUUUCCCACCGCAAAGCCAACAUCCCAAGACAGCCAAGAAAGCAAAAAGGCAAAUCCAUCCAUGGAGGCUGAAUCUAUUCCGGCUUCCAAGGAAGAGUCUCAGGCUGCUCAGGUCAUUUCGACGGAACAAGCUGAAGCACCGCAACCAGAAAAUGAUGCUAUCAAGAUUCCAAAGGACGAUCAAGCAAAAGAAGAAAAAGGCAAUAGUGAAGAAGCGGCACUGCCGAGUCCGGUAAACAAGACUGAUAACAAGCCAUCAGAUGCCUCCAGAGAGAUGGCUGACAAGAACCAUUCUGAAGAAGGGGGGAAAGAUACCAUGUCAUUGGUUACUCUUCAAAAGGAGUUACCAGGGCCUGAAGCAACUGAAGCCAAGACAGCACAAGAAAUAAAGCCAGCGACUAAGACAGAAGGGUCAGCUCGUCCAGGCUCGGUGGCAGACCCCACCGUGGGAUCAGAUGAAGGGAUGGCAAUUGACAUGACGGCACGUGAAAAGAAGAAACAUGAAGACCAAGAAGAAGUAGCAAAGUCCCACCAAGAAGACGAGGAGACGAAAGCCAACCCUGAAGAAGAAGCUAAGAAGGACGAAACUGAAGAAAUGAAUCCCACGCCAGCAGCAGAAAAGUCCCAAGCCAAGGCUGGGAAAGAAGCAGCUGAAGUCAUGGAGGAAGAACCAGCCGAGUGGUGCAACUCUGUGCAGAUCACGGCACUUUCUGACGUGAAGGCAGCCAAGCCAGACGAAGAGGGCGGCGCGUCCGAACCAGAAACACCACCACCAACAACAGAAGAACAGCCUGAGCCAAUGGGAGACAUCAAGCCAGCAGGGGAAGGCGUCAAGGCCGCUGUGGAGGCACAAUCGGAGACUCUGGAGAAGGAGAAAUGCAAGCUCUCAGAUGAAGGAGAAAAGGACGAACAGACCACAAUGAGCACUGAUCUUUUGGAAGCAAUGUCAGAAGAAGAACCAUCGAAUGAAGGACAAGGCGAAGUAGCUGAUGCAGACUUGAUGGAAGACGAAGUGGUCAUUGACAUCACCGGGACUUCAGAAGGCAUUUCAGUGGAAGAACCGAGUUCUGAAGAUGAUGCAGAAGCAUCGUCGAAAGCAGCAGAAGCGCAGUUUGAAGCCAAAUCAGAAGACAUCGUAGAUGUAACCUCUGUUGGCUCGGAAAUUGUGGAUAGGAGUGAUCGACCCGAGACAAACGAAGUCGUGGCCAAAGACACAGAAGCGCUGACCAAAGCAGAAGGGCUACCUGAAACCAAGCCAGACGACACUAUAGAGAUGUUGGACGAGAGCGAUCGAACCCAGUCAAAUGAAGAAAUUGCAGAGGGGUCCGAAGCUGGCCAAGACGAAGAGAUCGAAAUCGAGAUAGACGUCACUGAUGUAAUUAUCGAAGACGAAGAGUCAAGUGACGAAACCGACGAAGACUCUGACGAUGACGAUGAAAUUGAUGUUACAGAUUACGGGGUGGAAGAUAGGGACGGAGACGAUGCGGCAUCGGCUUCACUGGAAGUGGAAAUUGACGUUACGGGUCUCGACAGUGAUGCAGAGGCAAAAGACGAAGCUUCGACGAGAGCGGCAGCAGCCACCGACAACACCGAAUUGAAAAGCGAAUUUCGUGAAAACUCCCGAAAGGACGAAGAUCGAGGUCGCCAGCUGACACCCGGCAACUCACCUGGGGAAAGAAGCAAGAGACCUAAACGAGGGAACUCGCCGAAAUCAAGGGUUCCUCUUCAUAGGCUCAUGGUUGACUACAAAGAACGCAAACCAAACUGGGAGAAGGAAUGUCGUGUGGAAGGGUCUAGAAAGUCUGCUAGGCCCAAGAAAGCCCCGGAUAACUUUGUGGCGGGACCUGCAUCGAUGAAAAAAUCUACUGAUCGCGCUGAGAGGAAGAAAUUGAAACAGAUGGAAAAGAGACAGAAGAAGCGAAACCAAAGAAGGUUGAUGGGAUCACUGCAACGCAAGAAGGAUGGGGCACACAAACCACGCUUAGCAACGAUGAGCUACUAUCCAGGGUACUCACGAUCGAGAAAAGAAGACGAAUCGGACUCGUGGCAAGAUGAUAUUGCAAAAUGCAGAAAAAAGGUUGGAUCCAACCUGCCGACGUUGCUUUCAAUGAAAGUGACCGACCGCCCUGACGAUCCUACAAAAUCUUUGCCUUUGCUUCCCGACCUUCCUUUGCCGUCAGCUUCUCCGAGUGCAACUGAAGCUCAACCAGAAAAGGAGAAAUCCACCAAUCCAAAUCCCCUGACCAGCGUGGGCUCCUCUAUUGUUGCCAAUCCUGCCCACAUCCCCAGUGCACCGAAGCCCAAGGUGGCAGGCAAAGUCCUUUCGGCCAAAUUCGAGAUGACAAAGAGGCCAAAGAAAAGGCGCCCGAAGAUGGCAUGGGAAAUUUAUCAGGAACAACGACUAUCAGAGCAAUGUCUCGGCAAGACAUUCCCCGAACAACUAAUGCUGUUGAUGAAUUCGAGUGUGGCGUCUGGAAAGAUGUGGUGGACGGCAGAUGGUGGCGGAAAAACCUUCGCAUUUGAUUUGGCAUUUUUCAAAGACGAUGUGAUGAAUAUGUUCUUUCCACCGAAUCAUCUCAGAAGGAUUACGGUGAUGUUAACUCGAUGGGAAUUUAAGAGGGUCAUGCAGCCGGAUUUACCGAAGCACUUCUUGGCUUAUCAGCACCCUAAGUUCGAUCGCUUCAAACCGGAAAUGGCCUCGGAGAUUGUUCUAAAGUGCAAAGGCGCCUUCGAGCUGGCUUUGGAACGAGAGGAGGAGGAUAGAAGAAGGUUGUUUCAAGGGAUUCGAAAGCAGCGAGAGCAAGGCGACGGAAUGUUGCUUCCUGUUCACAAGUCUGCAGCUGCCGUGGAACAGUUCAUUUCGAAUUCAAUGAGAAAAGUAGAGCAGGGGAGGAAAGAAAAGGGGCUGGACAAGAUACUUUUCCAGCAACGGACGCACCCAUUGCAGCGGAAGCAGGUUACGAAGGCCGUUCGCCCUCGUGUGAAGAAGCCAGAGAAGGCAAGGGUGCCUCCAUCUGUUCUGAUCGCCUCGCUUCGUAGGGAUGAAUCCCACGGCCACGACAAAGCUUCCGUCGCUCCUCCUUCCGUGAGAAUUGCUGCCCUUCGAAGAGAUUGUCCACCCAAGAACGAUGCCACUGCCACUGCCGCGCCAAGCAAGUCUCGUGAACCUCCAAUUUCGUUGCCAGCGACCCAACCCAACAAAAGCCAGGUCACAGCCAGAAAGCCAACGACACGCCCUCCCGAGAGAAACAUUUUCGCAAGGCUGGAAGCAGCCAGGAGCGGCUCUACUGGUAAAGAGCCCGUCUCACGUCCCUCGCCAAAGAGCAGCUCAAUCGGUCGGGAACCCAUCUCGCGUGCUAAGCCCGCGUCGAGCGUCAAGAAAGCUCCUCCUCCUCCUGCAUCAGUUGAAAUCAUUGACGUUGAUGCUCCUACUCCGGAACCAAGCAGGGACAUCAACCGAGGAAAACGAAGAAAGAAUUCUAUUCGCUUGCCUCCUAGACCUGUGCAGCCUGCUGUUGCUGUAGCCGUAGCUGAGCCACCAAGGCCAGAGCAGCACGGCUUUGAGCGAAGAAGCGCGCAGUCGGGGCUUCACCUCCGCCAAAGCCACAUCCUCCGAGGCAAGGCAAUUCCAACGACGCUUGCUAAUCUACAACAGACGCCUCGAAAAAGGCUGGGAAUGACGUGGGAUGAUCCUUCUUUGGGAACUCCUGACAGCGCGGAAAGCCCAAAGAAAACCAACGAGCUUGCGCAACGCCUAGCCAACAACCGCGAUGUGGGUACCAACUCCAUCCGGAGAACGUCACUGGCUUCUAGUCGACGCUUGUCGGCCCAAGAGCAGGUGGCCUUGGCCGAGGAACAACGUGCCUUGAAACGGCAAAAGCAAAUGUUGGAAGAAGAGCUGGUUCUAACACGUCAUCGAAUGCAGACGAACGAACAACAGCAUCUUGUCGGCCGAGACACCGAGGCAGCUCGUAGGCGACGGUUGGCAUCGGCUCUUUAUGGUACUUCCAAACCCACCUCGAAACCAGAGGCUCCGGCUGCUCCCAAACCUCCUGCUUCGCCUUCCGGUGAGAGCUCCAGGAAAAAAACAAUGAAAGCUUCUGAUCCUCCCAUCAUCAACAACAUGACCAGUCAGAGGGCAGCUGCAGUGCUGAGCCCUGCCGCAGCUGCUAUCCAACAUAGGCAUCUUCAACAGCAACAGCAACAGCAACACCAGGCUGCUAUGGCAGUGACGCAUAUGGAUCAAUUAAUGUUGUUGCGUCAACAACAAGCUAUGGCCAUGAACAACAUGUAUGUCGCCGGAAACCUCCCCCCUGGAGCGCCAUUUGCCAUCCCAGGUCAAGGUGUUGCAGCUGUUCCCGCUGACCCUUCUUUGGAACAGAUGAUUCUUAUGCGUCGGAUGGGCCGUCGAUAG